GCCCAAUUUUAGCCUUCACCGAAAAUAUUUAUACUAAUCCCCCAAUAGUUUCCAAAUCUGACGCGAACAGCUUCAAAUCAACAAGAGUUUUUCCUCUAGUGAAUCGUUGUUUCAUCAAUGGCCGGUUUCCUUCUAAAUUACGAUUCUUGUCCUGUGGUGAAGAACAUACUUCUUUUGGACUCAGAAGGAAAGCGUGUAGCUGUUAAAUAUUACUCUGAUGACUGGCUGACAAACAGCGCUAAGGUUGCCUUCGAGAAGUCCAUUUUCACCAAGACUCAAAAGACAAAUGCUCGGACUGAAGCUGAAAUAACAAUGUUUGAGAACAACAUAAUUGUUUAUAAGAUUGUGCAAGACCUCCACUUCUUUGUCACUGGAGGUGAUGAUGAAAAUGAACUAGUGUUAGCCACUGUUCUUCAGGGUUUCUAUGAUGCAGUUACACUUCUCCUAAGGAACAACGUUGACCAGAGGGAGGCCCUUGAGAACUUAGAUCUUAUUCUUUUAUGCCUUGAUGAGAUUGUGGAUGGAGGGAUGGUACUUGAAACUGACGGUAACAUUAUUGCUGGAAAAGUUUCCAGUAAUAACAUGGAUGAUGGAGCACCCUUGUCUGAACAGACAAUAUCUCAAGCAUUGGCAACAGCGCGGGAACAUUUGACAAGAUCACUUCUCAGAUGAACAUUUUCUUUUAAGUUUGGAGAGAGCAAUUAUUUUUUGACGUAAUUCUUUAUGAUUAUAUACAUAUAUAUAUAUAUAUAUAUGUAGUUAUUUUUAUUUCAGAUGGUGAUGGUUGCGUAUUCUUAGUCUCAGUUUUUAUACCAUUUAUAAUGUUCUGUUGCCUGUAUUAUCUCGUAAGUGGAGGCCAUCCUUUAUGCAUUUUGGAUCAACAUAUGAA